GGAGGCCACGGGGGGCGAUGAGGGGGGUGCAGGAUUAUAUCUAAGACCUAUUCAGUUGAAGUGAGGGAUUUCGAUAAUCACUGAAUCGACUUUUCAAGGGAUAUCCGAAACUAUCAAUGACUGCAGCAAUGCCCGACAGAUUCCGAAUCAUGGUGAAUCACUGUGCACAUAUAAAAGGCAUACACAGAGGCAGAUUUUCCCUAGCAGCUGCUGGUCAGUUUCCCUUCGUGUUACCCGCUUUUCCUACUCUUGUCUUAAUUCUUAUCGCCCUAUUUCUCCAAAUAACACCUCCUCUCCAUUGUGCAAUUAUGCGCCUUGAUUUCGCAUAUAUUGUUGCAGCUCUCUUAACAUCUGCUGCCAAUGUGCAUGCCGCACCUUUGACUGCCGCUAGUGGUAGCAGCAGUUCCGGCCUCGGUAUCAGAAGACGCACCCAGAAUACUGGUCUCGUGUACAUUAGAUUGACCGGUCUAUGUGGAGGAGUUGAUUUUGACUUGCCAAGUUCUCAACUUAACAACGGAGCGAUUGAGACGCGAGUGACAACUGCGCUCAACAAAUACCUCUCAGUUCAUCCAAGCAAGAUGCGAUUUCUCAACGAAUACCACCAUACCUAUGGGCCGGAACCGCCAGUUGGCAAAGGACCAUCCGAGAUUCUAGUUUUGGUCAAUGAAUAUGACAACUCACGCGAAACUUUCCUCUCCAUCGACAGAGAUUCUGUUGCCAGUAAACCAAGCACCGUAGGGUAACAUGUGUCAUGCACUGCACAUUUAGUACUAUAUCAUAUGCAAUACAGAGCAUUAUAAUCAAGAUGAUA